AUGGUUCGCAGUUUAUCGCAAUGGACGAAAACUUUGAGCUUUCCAAAUCGUCACUCGAAAGAGUGCAAUGUGAAUGUUCAUCCGAUUCAACCACCACCGACACCACUUCGUAAUAAGAUCAAUUCAUCGACACCUUCUUCAUCUCCACCUAGUUCUCCACAAAAUGUUAAUGUUCCCAUUACGGAAAUCAGUCAAAUUAUCUAUCCAGAUCCAGACUCAGAGAAAGUCAUCAUGGGCUCACUCGUGUUUUGCAUUCAUCACAAAGAAGGUUGCAAAUGGUCAGAUGAGUUGCGAAAAUUGAAGGCUCAUUUGAACACUUGCAAAUUUGAUGCUUCGCCAUGUCCUAAUCUUUGUAAUGCACAAAUUCCACGUGUCAUGAUGUCAGAUCAUUUAGCUUUUACAUGCACACUACGCAGAGCCUUCUGUGAAUUUUGUAACGUUGAAUUUUCCGGACAAGGAUUGGAAGAACACGCUGGUUUUUGUAAUCAGGAACCUAUUUAUUGUGAAUCCAAAUGUGGAACUCGAGUAUUGAGAGGUCGCAUGUCAAUUCACAAAGCCAAAGACUGUUUAAAACGUUUGAAAAAAUGCCAACAUUGUCAACGUGAAUUUUCGGUUGAUACUCUUUCACUUCAUGCAAGCACAUGUCCAAGAAGUCCAAUUCCGUGUCCUCAAAGAUGUGAAGCACCUUUGUUAGUGCGAUCAGAAUUGGAUGCUCAUUUGAGGGAAGAAUGUAAAGCUUUGGCAGUGUCAUGUAGCUUCAAAGAUGCUGGUUGUCGUUUCAAAGGACCAAGAAAUCUUCUCGAUUCACAUCUUGAAAGCAAUUCAUCAUCUCACUUAUCACUUAUGGUUCAGUUAUCAGCGAAACAGAGUCAGCAGAUUGCAUCACUGAAAAGUGCUGUAGCCAAGUUAAGUACAAACUACACGGGAACUUUGUUAUGGAAGAUAACAGAUUGGCAUGCAAAAAUGGCGGAAGCAAAGACAAAAAUGGGCCUUGAGCUUGUAAGCCCAGCUUUUUAUACAAGUCAGUAUGGCUAUAAACUUCAGGCUUCAGUGUUUUUGAAUGGAAAUGGUCCAGGCGAGAACACACAUCUCUCAGUUUACAUAAAAGUUUUACCAGGCGAAUAUGACGCUUUGUUAAAAUGGCCUUUCUCUCAUUCUGUUACAUUUACGUUGUUCGAACAAUGUUCACAUGGUGGAGGUGCUCAAGGCGGAGUCGCUGAAAGUUUCGUACCAGAUCCAUCAUGGGAAAAUUUUCAACGACCAUCAACUGAACCUGACUCACUUGGUUUCGGCUUUCCACGUUUCAUUUCACACGAACUUUUAUCCCGACGACCUUUUAUUCGAGACGAUACAGUUUUCUUACGUAUUAAGGUAGAUCCAAGCAAAAUUGUUGCCGUUUAAAGUUUUGUAUGUUUUUCUUAUUUUUAAAUUGUAAAAAUCGUGCAAUUAGUUUUGUAAGGUAUAUAAGAAGAAUCAUGAACUGCUAGGAACCAACCAAAGCUACCAAAAAAAUAAAGAAAAUCAUUCAAAAGUUUUGCUGAAUUGAUUGGUUGUAUUUGCAUUUCAUGUUGCGAAUCAAAAUCUUUAUCAUGUAAAACGUAGAUAUGAAUCUUGAGUGGCAACUUAAAUAUUAAGGUUAUCUCAAGGAUUUAAGUAUGUGAAAAAAUCUUAGAUAUUUUAAGAUAAAGUCAAUAGAUAGUUAAGUGAAAAUUGAAAUUUGUCAUAUGUUUUAAAAUUCUGAAAAUAAAUCAUUCAAAUAUUU